AUGUGUGGAAUACUUGCCAUCUUGGGUUCUUCAGAGCCCGCUCAACAAUUAAGAAGAAAGGCUUUGGGCUUGUCUGCAAGAAUCAGACAUAGAGGACCAGACUGGAACGGUGUGUUUGCUUCAGAGGGAGCUAUUCUAACGCACGAACGUCUGGCUAUUGUCGAUUUGGACAGUGGUGCACAACCAUUGUUGAACGAGGACGAGACUGUUGCUCUCACUGUCAACGGUGAGAUCUACAACCAUGAGGAACUACGCUCAUUCUAUCUCUCAUCUGGCAAGCACACCUUCAAGACUCACUCUGAUUGUGAGCCAAUCGUUCAUGCUUAUGAGGAUGAGGGAGACAGCUUUAUUGACAAGCUGAGUGGAGACUUUGCCUUUGUGUUGUAUGAUACAAAGACCAAGUCAUACUUGGCCGCACGUGAUCCAAUUGGUGUCGUUCCAAUGUAUAUUGGAUGGGGCAAGGACGGUGCCGUCUGGUUCUCCUCCGAGAUGAAGGCACUCAAGGACGAUUGUUUCCGUUUCCAGGCCUUCCCACCAGGCCACUUCUACUCGAGCAAGACCAAGCAAUUCGUGCGUUACUACAACCCCAAAUGGUUCGACGAGCACAUCCCAUCUUUCCAGCCCGAGGCUGAGGUGCUGACACAGGUGCGCGAGUCCUUUGAGAAGGCUGUCGUCUCGCGUAUGAUGUGUGAUGUGCCAUACGGUGUGCUGCUGUCUGGUGGUCUCGACUCGUCGCUCGUGGCAUCAAUCGCCGCCCGCCACGCCGAGAAGCGUGUUGAGGACAACGAGCAAACACGUGCCUGGUGGCCACGUCUGCACUCGUUCUGCGUGGGUAUCAAGGACGCACCCGACCUGAAGGCUGCCCGCGAGGUCGCUGACUACCUGGGAACAGUGCAUCACGAGUUCUACUUCACAGUGCAGGAAGGUAUCGAUGCGCUUGCAGACGUCAUCCGCCACUUGGAGACAUACGACGUCACGACCAUCCGUGCCAGCACACCAAUGUACUUCUUGGCGCGCAGGAUCAAGGCCAUGGGAGUCAAGAUGGUGCUGUCGGGUGAGGGCUCUGACGAAGUCUUUGGCGGCUACCUAUACUUCCACAACGCUCCAAGCGCCGAGGAGUUCCACAAGGAGUGCUGUCGCCGCAUCAAGGCGCUGCACUCAUUCGACUGUCUGCGCGCCAACAAGUCCACAAUGGCAUGGGGAGUGGAGGCACGUGUACCCUUCCUCGACAAGCACUUCCUCGAGGCGGCCAUGAACGUCGACCCCUCGCACAAGCUGUGCAAGGACGCCGACGGCAAGCCCAGGAUGGAGAAGUACAUCCUGCGCAAGGCGUUCGAGGUGAAGGAGGGUGAGAAGCCAUACCUGCCCCAUUCUGUGCUGUGGCGUCAAAAGGAGCAGUUCUCAGACGGCGUCGGAUACAGCUGGAUUGGUGGACUGAAGGACUACACAGAGUCGCAGAUCACCGACGAGGAGUUUGAGAAGCGCGAGUUCAUGUUCCCAGACGACACACCAACCACGAAGGAGGCAUACUACUACAGAAGAGUGUUUGAGUCGCUGUAUCCAGGUAAAGAGUGUCGCGACACUGUUGCACAUUGGGUACCAACCUGGGGUGCUUCCCAAGAUCCAUCUGGAAGAGCUCAAAAGGUUCAUUUGCAAACUACUUUGUAA